AUGAAGUCGGCCAUUCUUCUUGGUCUCACUGGCCUUGCCGCCAACGUGAAUGCUCAUCCUGCCAGGCAGCCAGAGAACGGCAACAGCUUGGCUAAGCGUGGCAUUGACAUCAGCAAGUAUCACUUGCCCAGUCUCUCUCAGUACACUCCUUCGCCAAACAUCGAAGAAGAGGCUUCUCUGCAGUCUCUGACUUACAAGCGCAACUACGUGGAUACUGCUACCCGAGCUGUCAAGAAAGUCGCCCCCAAGGCCGAGUUCCGCGUUGUGGAUGACCACUAUAUCGAUGUUGACGGCAUUGGUCACGUUCACUUCAAGCAGACUGUGCACGGCAUUGACAUUGACAACGCUGACUUCAAGGUUAACAUUGGAAAAGACGGCAGGGUUUUCUCUCACGGAAACAGCUUCUUCUCUGGCAAGCUGCCACAAGAGAGCCCUCUGGGGAAGCGUGACUUCUCUGACCCCACCAAGGCUCUCAAGGGUGCCAUUGACAUCCUGGGUCUUCCGGUUCAAGCUGAUGGCGCCACCGCGCAGGCUGAGCAAGGCACUGAGAAGUACACGUUGAAGGGUACAUCUGGAGCCGUCAGCGAUCCCAAGGCUCACCUUGUCUAUCUUGUCAAAGGCGAUGGAACUCUGGCCCUGACUUGGCGAGUCGAGACCGAUAUCUUGGACAACUGGCUUCUCACCUACGUUGACGCCACGACCAACGAGGAGAUUCACGGUGUUGUCGAUUACGUCUCCGACUUUGCCACCUUUCAGGUCUAUCCCUGGGGACUCAAUGACCCCACUGAGGGAGAUCGUAAAGUCCUGACUGACCCGUGGAGAGUUGAUGCCUCUCCCUUCACUUGGGUGGGAGACGGAACCACCAACUAUACCGUAACUCGCGGAAACAAUGCCAUCGCGCAGGACAACCCCUCAGGCGGAGACAGUUACCUUAACAACCACCGCCCAUCCAGCUCGACUCGGGACUUCCAGUAUCCCUUUACGCUUACUCAGACCAACCCCACUGAUUACAGAGAUGCUGCCAUCACACAGCUCUUUUACACCGUCAACAAGUAUCACGACCUGCUCUACGUCCUUGGCUUCAACGAGGUAGCAGGAAAUUUCCAGACAAACAACAACGGAAAGGGUGGAAAGGGAAAUGAUCUUGUGAUUGUGAACGCCCAGGACGGCUCUGGAACAAACAACGCAAACUUUGCUACUCCGGCCGACGGAAGCAGUGGCCGUAUGAGAAUGUACAUCUGGACCACCGCCAACCCCAAGCGAGAUGGUGACCUCGAGGCAGGCAUCGUUAUCCAUGAAUACACUCACGGAUUGUCUACCCGUCUCACCGGUGGCCCUGCCAACUCUGGAUGCCUUAAUGGUGUCGAGGCCGGCGGCAUGGGCGAAGGCUGGGGUGACUUCUAUGCCACCGCCAUCCGCUUGAAGGCCGGCGACACCCGCAGCAAGGACUACCCAAUGGGCGUCUGGGCCGAUAACAACGUCAAGGGCAUCCGCCAGUACCCCUACUCAACCAGCCUCACCACCAACCCGCUCACCUACAAGUCUGUCAACGCUCAAAACGAAGUCCACGCAGCCGGUACCACUUGGGCCUCGAUUCUGUACGAAGUCCUCUGGAACCUCAUCGACAAGUACGGCAAGAAUGACGCCGACUUCCCUACCUUUGACAGCGAGGGUGUCCCCACCGACGGCAAGUAUCUUGCCCUGAAGCUCGUCCUCAACGGAUUGGCUCUGCAGCCCUGCACGCCGACUUUUGUCUCUGCCCGCGAUGCCAUCUUGGAUGCUGAUCGUGCUUUGACCGGCGGCCAGAACCUCUGUGAGCUGUGGACAGGAUUCGCCAAGCGAGGUCUUGGAUCUGGCGCCAAAUAUGCCUCGACUGCACGGGUUGAGAGCUAUACUAUCCCGUCUGGCGUCUGCUAA